AUGUUGGCUAGUCCGGAAAAUCCUGAGGUCGCAAACCUUUUGGAAUUUUCAAAGAGGGAGCCGUUUGAAACCUCGCUCAUAACCCACUUGGAGGAGGCGGAGAGGAAAUUGACGGAAUUUGAAGGGCGAAAUGUCCAUGGUGAAAUGGAGGAGGGACCGGCACUUCAGGAGCCGGAAUUCGACGAAGAAGAGGUAGAGUGGAGCCCACUGAAGAAAGUGAUGAUGAGGCCGAGAAUUAGCCAUCGGGAUCAGAGUGGGGUUCUCUGUCAGACGAUGAAGAGAAUGAACCUGAGGUGA